AUGGCUACCUCACAAACUGAUUGGAAUCCAUCAACAAUACCUUGGUUAAAAACUCUAGAUGAACCUGUGAACAAAAAGGAAUCUGGUCGAGGUGAAUGGAAAGAUGGACAACAUGUGAUAGCAGAACGGGAUCCUGAAAUUGAAAAGAAACUCUUUGGUGAAAAGGAUGCGGAUUUUGUACACUCUGGUAUCAACUUUGAUCAAUAUGACAAUAUACCUGUGAAAGUGGAAGAUGACACUGUUUUUGAAGCAAUGAAUACCUUCACUAGUCCUCCUCUUAAUGUUCAUCUACUUUCCAACAUCAAAUUGGCAAAAUAUUCCACUCCUACACCGGUUCAAAAGUACUCUGUUCCUAUUGUAUUGGCUGACCGUGAUCUAAUGGCUUGUGCUCAAACAGGUUCUGGAAAAACGGCAGGAUUCCUCUUUCCAAUGCUUACAAAGUUAUUCAAUCAAGGUCCUCGAGAAAUAAUGGGAAACAAAAAGAAAGAUAGUCGCAAAGCUUAUCCUGAAGUCCUUAUUUUGGCUCCUACUCGUGAACUUGCUUCUCAAAUAUAUGGGGAAACCAAGAAAUUUGCUUAUCGAUCCUUUGUUCGUCCUUGUGUUGCUUAUGGUGGUGCAGAUAUCAGUCAACAGCUUCGAUUAUUAGGUCGUGGGUGCCAAGUACUUGUAGCAACUCCUGGUCGUUUAGUGGAUAUUCUUGAACGUAGACGUGUAUCUCUUAGUAACAUACAAUAUCUUGUUUUGGAUGAAGCUGAUCGAAUGUUGGAUAUGGGCUUUGAACCUCAAAUUCGACGUAUUGUACAAGGUGAAGAUAUGCCUGGAGUGACUGAUCGCCAAACUCUAAUGUUCUCUGCUACUUUCCCUAAACCCAUUCAAUCUUUGGCCAAGGAAUUUCUCAAUAAUUAUGUUUUCUUUACAGUUGGUAAAGUUGGUGGUACUUCUGAAAAUAUUACACAACAAAUCCUACUCGUGGAAGGGCAGGACAAACGGAUCAAAUUAAUUGAAACAUUACAAGAAAAUGAACAGAAUGAUGGAUUGACACUUAUUUUUGUGGAAACGAAACGAAUGGCGGAUAGUUUGUGUCAAUAUCUCGUGGAACAAGGGAAGCAAGCAGCAAGUAUUCAUGGUGAUCGAUUGCAAAGAGAACGUGAAGAAGCAUUACAAGCAUUCCGCUCAGGACAAGACCCUAUUCUGGUGGCAACAGCAGUGGCAGCACGUGGAUUAGACAUUCCUAAUGUGACGCAUGUGAUCUCAUUCGAUGUACCCAAAGAUAUUGACGACUAUACUCAUCGUAUUGGAAGAACUGGACGUGCUGGGAACACUGGAUUGGCUACUGCUUUCUUUGAAGAUAGCAAUCGGUUCAUAGCUGCUGAUUUGGUGGAAUUACUGAAGGAAGCAAAGCAAAGUAUCCCUGAUUGGUUACAACAAAUGGCUGAUGAACCUCAACCGGUGAUGGAUGAUUAUGAUCAAUCAACAAGAAGACGACAAAGAAGAUAUGAUGAUGAUAUUGGUGUUAGGAUCAAAAAUCUGAAGUUUUAG